AUGAAGCGUGAAAAUUCCCGACCGGGACAUCAAAAAGCACGACAACCACCCACACAAAAUCGAAAAUUUUUACGCAAAAAUCAUUAUUCUUGUUUGCAACUUUUUGAUCGGAUCGUCUUCAAAAUGCGUGUGGGUCUCGUGGUUCGUACCUUGCAGCUGAUUGUUGGAGUGACCCUUCUCUGUGCGCUCUACAACGUUGAUCGUUUACAUUUAAACAAUGUCGAUUUGCUACAGGAGCCCCCGUCCAAGCAGCUUUUGGUUCGCUUCAACGAUGGUGCUAGAGUUGCGAAUGAAACAGCGCAAUUUACGGUGAUGCAAGUAGGACCGGUGUAUGCAAUUGAGCUCUCGCCAUUGGACAUCAUUGGCUUUGGAAAAGAAGAACUUUUCUCCAGGACACAGCCGGUGUUGGCCGCUUCAAUCAUCGAGUUUCUCGAUGUGCUUCUCGUUGCGCUGGUGGCCGUCUACAAUGAGCUAAGCGAUGGAAAAGCGAAAAAGUGGAUGCACGUGGGGAUCUGUAUUCUGCGAGCGAUUCUCCAAGUGUGCGCCUUCUCUUCAAUUCUCACACAUCGUCUCACGUGGAACUCGUUGUGGUCGACGACGAACGUUUCUCCCGUUUAUCCCUCAAACUGGAUUUGGAUGAUGGUAUGGUUUGCCUUGUUGGCAGUGUUGGCGCUAAGCGAGCUGUGCUUCUAUUCACUCUAUCGUUAUUCAAUUCAUCUGAAAAGCCCAAAGAAAGAACCAUCACAAGUAUCAGUUCGCCGUUACAGUCCAGUGGCGCCAUUCGAGGGCGAAAAAACGGUUGAUGAGCCCGCGUUGGUCGAUGGAAAUUUCUCGGGGUAUCGAAUGAUCGCCUCCCGCCCUUCGCACAUAUCGUCUUCUUCGACU